AUUGCUGAAAUGUGAAAGACCAAAGUCUGCCCCUGACAGCUCUGACACAGCACAGCUUUGUGAAGGGUUGGGAAGGUGUGCUUCAUUGAGUCCAGGUCCCCCCACGUUCCAAGGAGCAGUGCAAAAUUGCCUGUGGGAAAAGAAAGUAAUGCUAAAACUUCACUUUAACCUUUUGUGCAUACUACAAAGCAGCUUAUAUCCAAGAAAGCAGGCAAUCUGCAAUAUAUGGCAAUGACUAAUAUAAAAAAAAUGCACUGAUGCAGUUUGCAGUUUUUGUAUUUAAUUCCAUUUCAUUCGACUGGUUUUAUGAGCAGAAGUCUAGCUAUGUGCAUUAGACUGAUUGCAUGGAUUACAUGUGCCUAAAAUUCCAUUUUCAGUUUUAUGAUCCCAUUUACUAGUUCUCUGAAUCUGGUGGCUUUCUCUUGUUAAUGUGGGAGAAGUUGAUUGGAGAAGGUUAUUGAUUGCCCUUGUAAGUUUUUCUACUGAAUUACUGUAUGUGGCUUCUACUGUUUAAAAAAACAAUACAGGAAAAGUACAAAUUGAGAGCUGAGUGUUUUUCUUUCAAAAUAACCAUGCUGAACUCACUUCAUAACUGUUGGGAGAGAGAAGUAAAGAAUGAACAACUGGCUUUUGAGUAAGGGAGAAGUACAACAUACCGUAGGUAGUAAAUUAUUACAGUAUAAGCAAUAAUUUCAUUCAUGUUAUCUGCUUGGCAAUUGGAAUUUAUUCUGUUCUUUGUGGGCUCUUUGAUCUAUGGAUAUAUUUUUUAGCAUUUACUUUUCUCUCUAACAUAGCAGCCUGCUGCUUCAUCACACAUAUUAAGGCUGCAAUCCUAUAUAUACACUUACCUGAGAGUAGGGAUGGGGGAGUAAUUUCAUUCAGUUUCCAUUUCAAAGCCAACCUACCCUAAUUCAUGCUUUCUGAAACAAUAUGACAACCGAAACACAAACAUCCUUUGAAAGUCGCACUUCGAAAGGUCCAAAGGCUGGCAUUGAAGAUGUAUGCCUUUGUAAUGAGAUGGAUCCUCUUAUGCUAGACAUAAUCUGUAUUUCUCAUACUUUGGAUGCUGCGCCCACUUUGUUUACUCAAGAGACAAGGUAGGAUUGGCAGUUUCCAUUUUGCAAGUGUCAGAUAGCCAUAACUGCAAGGGUUCUCUUCCCUUCCUGGGAGAUGUUCCAGGCUAGGGCCAAGGUGAGCUCCUCUUCUAGUCAUCGGCAGGAAACAGAUUUAUUUCAGUGGAGUUAAUGAAAAAGAGGGUCACCACUGAAAAAUCUUCAAGGUUGAUGAAUAGUUACCCCAUAACUCUAUCUGGAUAAGCCAUCACGUAAUAGUACUGAUAGGGGUGGAGUCGAUUGCAGUGUGAUCCUGACCAAGGCAUUCCCAUAACAGUAAUUGAAGGGAAAUGUAGGCAACACAGACAAAAUCUGAUGAAGAAUUUUAAGAUUGGCUUCUAAAUAAAGAUCUUCACUUCUCCAAAGAUCAGCAGUACAGAUCAAUACCACUGGUUUGGACCUAUGGAGGUCAUGGAUCUGAUAUAUAGGAUCCUAGAGCGAGGCUGAUCAAGGUAACCAAAGAGAUUUUGAGGAGAGGAGGAAUUAAAUGUACUGUGUCCAAAAUUCUGUCAGCAUAAGCAAUUUAGCUGCCCAAAUGGAAUGAUCCCUGCUCUCCUUCUCUUAAAUGUUCUGAGUUUUCCCCCAAACUUAAGCUGAAUGUGGCUGUGCAAAUAACUGAGUCUUUGUCUAGGUUCAUCAUGAAGAUACCUUGUUUGAGGCAUCGCAUUUGGUUACUUCCACCAUCUUUAUCCAACGAGAAGUAUAUAAAGGUAGAAGAAGACCAAUCAACAAUCAUUUUAUUCUGGCACUGAUGUUCGAUGAAAAAGUUGAAAUGCCCUCUUGCUUCAUUCUGUCAAAAGCCUGUUCAAGAACUACAGGAAAGAAAUGAAGACAGUGGAAUAGAUCAAGAUAUCUUUGAUAUCAAUGAAGCAUUGGGACUGAACUUGUUCGAGGGUGAUAUCAAACUUGAUGAGAGACCAGAACGUAACUCCAUUAUUGGCAAUGAAUAUCGAUGGCCUCACACCAUUCCAUAUGUCCUUGAGGACAGCCUAGAUAUGAAUGCAAAGGGGCUGAUCCUCAGUGCAUUUGAACAGUAUCGCCUAAAAUCCUGUAUUGAUUUCAAACCCUGGGAAGGCGAAGCAAAUUACAUAUCUGUCUUCAAAGGUAGUGGUUGCUGGUCCUCUGUGGGAAACCGCCGAAAAGGGAGGCAAGAACUCUCCAUAGGAGCCAACUGUGACAGGAUUGGGACGAUUGAGCAUGAAUUCCUUCAUGCACUGGGAUUCUGGCAUGAACAGUCACGAUCUGAUCGAGAUGAUUAUGUCACAAUAAUGCGAGACAGAAUUCAAGAGGGUAAGGAAGGAAACUUCAACAAAUAUGAUGAUAAAAGAUCUGACUUCCUUAAUGUCCCAUAUGACUAUAACUCUGUAAUGCACUACAGUAAAAAUGCCUUCAGGAAUGGAACAGAACCAACAAUAGUAACAAAUAUACCAGCCUUCAUUGAUGUGAUUGGACAGCGCAUGGAUUUCAGUGAAUAUGAUAUCCGGAAGCUGAGUCGACUCUACAACUGCACUUCGUCUUUAAGCUUUAUGGAGACGUGCAGUUUUGAAUUUGAAAACGUGUGUGGCAUGAUUCAAAGUACAGAAGAUAAUGCUGACUGGCAGCGCAUAACCCAGGUUCCUAGUGGACCACAAACGGAUCACACCUAUGUUGGAAUCUGCCAAGAGACUGGCUACUUUAUGCAUUUUAACACCAGUGCUGGAAGUGUUUCAGAUCGAGCGGUUUUAGAGAGCCGAUUUCUAUAUCCCAAGAGAGGUUUCCAGUGCCUACAAUUCUAUUAUUACAACAGCGGAAGUGAAAGUGAUCAGCUGAAUGUUUUAGUCAAGGAAUACACUGAUGCAAGCCCCAAUGGUACCCAAAGGCUUGUGAAAACGAUACAAGGUUCACCUGCAGGCUACUGGGAGUUACACCAUGUGUCUUUAAAUGUUGCAAGUAAAUUCCGAGUAGUAUUUGAAGGCAUAAAAGGAUCCGAUGCAUCUAAUGGAGGCCUUUCCAUUGAUGAUAUCAACCUGUCAGAAACUCAGUGCCCUCACCAUGUUUGGCAUAUAAGAAAUUUCACUCAGCUGGUUUCAAGCGCUACAAUACAAUAUAGUCCACCCUUUUACUCUCCCAAAGGGUAUGCAUUUCAGAUUGGUUUGCUCCCCACCAGUUCAUUUAAUUUACACAUACAUUUGCACUUGAUCUCCGGUGCAAACGAUGACCGGUUGCAGUGGCCUUGUGCAUGGCAACAAGCUACAGUGCUUCUGCUUGAUCAGCAUCCAGACAUCCGCCAACGUAUGUCAAAUCAAAGAAGUAUAACUACAGACCCAAGCCAACUAGUAUACGAUAGACCAGACAACGUAGGAAUAGUCGCUACUUUUCCUAAUGGCACUGAAUUCAUGAGAGGUCCUGCAACUGAAUUCAGUUCCUUUAUAACACAACAAAGGCUUGAAAGUCGUGAGUUUGUUAAAGAGGAUAGUAUUUUCAUUCUUACAACAGUGGAAGAUAUAUCACAUUUAAUAUCAACUCAGCCAAAUUCUACAGCCAUCACUCCAACUACAGCCACUAGUGUGUGUGAGGCCUAUGGUUGUCAAAAUGGUGGAAUCUGCAUUCUUGAAGAGGGGAAGCCAGUUUGCAGAUGCCCUGUAGGUGCAGAUUGGUGGUAUGUGGGAGAAAAAUGCGAGCAGAAGGGAUCCACACAGGACACAGUUGUGAUAGCAGUUGCCUCGUCUCUGUCUAUAUUUGCCGUUAUGUUGAUCAUCACCAUUGUGACGACCAGCUGUAUUAAAAAGAAAUAUAGGAAAAAAAUGGAAAGCCUGGGUUUACAAAAUAAAACACCUCUCUGAAGAUAGUGAAAGUUUGGAAACCAAAAUGGAUGGCCUCACUUGAACACAUUAUUCAUAACUUCAUGUCCAGCACAGUUUCUCCUUUGCCAACAGACAUUUUACUUACAGGAAAAAAGGGAAAGGAAAUUAUUUGUGUGAGAGUUUAAAUCAAUGCAAAAAAAGCGGCUAAAAGUGGUAUUUUAAAUUUUGAGAUGGUGCAAGUUUAAGGAUUUCUCUAGCAUGGUAUAUGUCCUGGAUAAGCAAAGUGGUCAGAUUUCUUUAUUUCCACCACAUAAUUUAUGAAACGAAACUGGGAGGUUUCCCUUCUGUAUAAACAAUAUGGACCCUGAGUGAAGACAUGUGUCCUAAUUUUUUUCCAGAGGGGUGUCAUUUGCAGGUAGUUCCCCUCCAGAAUCUUUAAAUGGCUUUUUAAACAUGUGAGUUCAAAAAAUUGUUUGGGGAUUUGGCACGAUAGCAUUUCAAGGGGGAAAGUGGGUGGAAAAUCACAUAUGCUUCAGUGGCAGCCCUUUUCUGAAAAACUCAUCAACUGCCUGGCUGCUUUGUGAACUCAAAGGUAUAAAAAGCUGUUAACCUCCCUUCUAGGGAGGUAACCGAAGUUCUAAGAUGUGUUUAGGGCAUUUCCACUGGGGAUGGCUAUAUCAGUUGUGCUAAAUAUUAGCAAAACCUCUUUGGGGAUAACAGAACCUGCCUCCUUUCUUCCAAUAUACUGAAUGAUGGAGCUUCCCAAUUUUAUUUAUUAGGUUGUUAAAAUGUGCCCAAGGAUAAAAGUAGCUUAUUGUAGGCACCAUCAGACAAAAUGGGGAGAAGAGUUGUAUUACUGAGGUUAGCCUUUAUUAUCUUGCUAACACUGCAUAACAGAGUUGUACAAGUAUGAUGAGCAAAGGAUAAUAAAAACAUCAAUGCCCUAUUAACUUUGUAUGCUCCUAUGUAUUAAUAGGAGAUGGAUCUUCUCUACUGAAUGUCCCCAUUGUAAAGAACUCUCAUUACCUUCAAAGAUCAAACACAAAAUAGCUUUAAUAUACUUGCAGCCAUGAAUGUAUUGUAUUAAAAGGUGCCAGUGAAGAAAAACA